AUGGCCCUGGGCUACGUCCUCUUCAAGCUCAAGCAAGGGGAACUCAUCCUGAAGCUAUCCAGAGCAAGGCUCUGGGCAGGCUGGUUAAUAUCUGUAUUCUUCAUCCUCUUCAGUGUUCUCUUCAUAACAGUUCUCAUGGAUCCCACACGUGAACCAAGUCGAUGGGUGAACAUACCCUACAUGAUCUUCCACAGGCAUUUGUUCGCACUGGGGUUCGUCUGGAUCAUACUAAUCUGCACCCUCGGCCAUGGUGGUUGGGUGAACCAGUUCCUCUCUUGGAGCGUUCUGAUCCCGUUCGCCAGACUCUCAUACGGAGCGUAUCUUACUCACAUGCUGGUUCAGUUUUUAGAAAGCUACUCUCAGAGAGCCCCUGUUCAUCUUAGUCUACCGUACCUGUGGUAUCACGCCUUUGCUGACUUCACCCUCACCUAUUUGGCCAGUGCUGCCCUUUAUCUCACCGUGGAGGGACCCUUCGCCAACAUAACCACUUGGUGUUUUGAAGGUCAAAAACAUUCCAAAGAAGACGAAGAAGAAAACCAAACUGAGAUGUCAGUACGUCAAACGAAUACGACGUGA